AUGGCGCGGUGUAUGAUGGUAGCUGAAGUCACGCGUUGCGUAGUUCCCGCUUUUUCCUUAUGCCGGGCGGUUCCGUCAGCGUCCCUCAUACGCUUGAGUGAGGGGCGUGGGGCGGGGUGCGCUCGAAGCCGCCGCACGCGGCAUUCUGGUCCCGCCUUAGCCGGAAGUGUCUCUAUGGUGACGGCGGGAGGUUCGGGUUGGGCCAGAGGGGGCCAAGCCACCGCCCGCCCCGGAGCCGGUAAGUGGGGAAUGGGGCCCCGUGGCCACCAGCGCCGGGUUACCGCUCGCCUGUCCCUCCCUUCCCGUCUCCCUUCACUAGGGUGUUGGACUCCGCGCCCAGGCUUCCCCAUGUCCUGCCCUAGAGCGAGAGUUACGUGCCGGGCUCUUGUUCUCAGGCGCUCACACGAGGCGCGAGACGACACGCGCUCCGGCGACUGAGCUCACACGAAAGGCUCGCGCCCUCUAGCGCCUUUUCUUUUUGGCCCCAGGCAACGUCGACACGUGGGGACCGCCAGUCUUCCUCCCCACAUCCCCGAUGGCGGGUUGGGGAAAGUUAUAUUUCUUUCUUACUACUUAUAGGUUUAAGGAAUGGGGGUUUGAGAGGAAUUCAUGGGGGCAGAUUUGGGCGCAGCCCUUCAUCAGGCUCAAGACAGAAAAAACGUGGCCAUGUGAACGCCUGGCCUUGGGGGGUUUUUCGUGGCGAAGCGUUCAAUGACUGGUCUUUCGUUCUUGUGCAGGUUUUAUCUCGAAACAUCAGACCCGUGUUUGGAGUUCACAGCCCAAUGAUAGACUCGUUCUGCUGGUGAACUAGUUCUAUUCGUGGGUGGGCCUGUUCACAUGUUACAUGUUGGCAAGCAUUUUACCAGUGUCUCCAUCUUGUCAGUUUUUUGACUGCUAGUUUGAUAUAAUCAAUUGUUUAUUUUUAUGCUACCGCUUGUCUGCUAAUAAAGCGGUAUUCUCUCAAAGCACGACCGGUUUUGUCAUAGUCAUCCCUUGGUCUGUUAGGUCAUUACAUCACACACACACACCCUUUAGACAAUUGCUAAUGGUGUGACCUUGAUUCCAUUUGCUUAUGCUAGCUGCAACAUUUAGGGUUUUGAAACAGAUGUAGUUCAGUAUAUUAGUGGCCCAAUCUCAGAGUUUGAAAAGGAGGUGAUUCCUGACAUGUGCUGCACUCUCUUUCCUGAAUUAUGUCAUCUGUGCAAAACAGCUGAAAUAAUAUGCACCUUUGCUUCCUAGUCAGGUAACUCUUAACAGUUGUGGGUAGUACAACUUGAAGACAUUCCAUUUUAUUGUAUUGAAUGACAUAUUGCUUUAUUUUGUCAUAUAUUCCUAGUGCGUCAUUUAGUAAAAUGUAAUUCUAAAAACCAAGGUUCCCUUCCUCUGCAUUUUCUGCUGUCUUGGACUGUCCCAGUCAUUGUCUGUGAUGUGUUCAGGAUUCAGUUUUUUGCAAGUCAACAGUUACACAGCUCUGCUCUGAUUGCUGUUUUUGUACAAGGAUUUUUCCAGGUGGGUUGUGUGAAAGUCAUUUUCCAAAGCUAUAACAAUGCUUCUCCAUUUCAUCCAGCAUGUUUGUUUCUUACACAUUUUAUUUCAGUUUUAAGUACUAAACCUUAUUUUUUUCUGUACAGUAGUCAGUGCCGACUUCCAAAACCUGUGGGGACUUCCAAAACCUAUGGUGCCCCUCUAUGAACAGAAGUGAGUCUUUCCAUUAUUUUUUUUUUUUUUAAAGCAAUUUAUUGGGUUUUACAAUAAGAAAUAAACAUAUUAAACAAUAUAACCUUUGUCUUGACAUAAUUUCACAUUUUCUUUGGACUUCCUCACAUCUCCCGCUCCCACUUUCAUCGUUAUAACAUUUUGUCAGCAAUUUAUCAUCUUAUUUAAAUUCUUAUAUCGCUUCUAUAUUUCAUAAUCUUAUAAUUUUCAAAGGGAGUUAGAUUUUCACAGUCUUACUUAUUUUCAUAGAAAACUUCUAAAUUUAGUGGUGCUCAGUUAUUUUGGUCUAGCAUCUUAUUUAGCAUUCACUCAAAUUGCAAUAUUUUUGUAAAUAGUUCUUGAAUUUCUUCCAAUCCUCCUCAAUCCUUUCUUCUCCCAGGUCACGGAUUCUGCCGGUCAUUUCAGCCAGUUCCAUGUAGUCUAUCAGUUGCAUCUGCCAUUCUUCCAGUGUGGGUAGAUCUUGAGUUUUCCAAUGUUUUGCAAGAAGUAUCCUUGCUGCUGUUGUUGCAUACAUAAAAUGUCUGAUCCUUCCUUGCCACCCCUUGGCCGACAAUACCCAAAAGGAAAGCCUCUGGUUUCUUAGUGAAGGUAUAUUUAAAUACCUUUUUCAAUUCGUUAUAAAUCAUCUCCCAGAACGCCUUCACUUUAGGGCAAGUCCACCAGAGGUGGAAGAACGUUCCCUCAGACUCUUUACAUUUCCAACACUUAUUAUCAGACAGGUGGUAAAUUUUUGCAAGUUUGACUGGGGUCAUAUACCAUCUAUAAAUCAUUUUCAUUACAUUUUCUUUCAGGGCGUUACAUGCAGUAAACUUCAAUCCAUUACUCCACAACCUUUCCCAGUCCUCAAACAUAAUAUUAUACCCAAUAUCCUGUGCCCACCUUAUCAUAGCCGAUUUAACCGUUUCAUCUUGUGUAUUCCAUUCCAGCAGCAAGUUAUACAUCCUUGAAAGUACCUUAAUCUUUGGUUCUAACAAUUCUGUUUCUAGUUUCGAUUUCUCCACCUGGAACCCUAAUUUCUUAUCGUUUUUAAAAACUUCUUUAAUCUGAGCGUAAUGUAACCAAUCUCGCACUUUAUCUUUCAUUUUCUCCAAACUCUGCAAUUUCCAAUUGUCUCCAUCCUUUUCUAAUAUUUCCCAAUAUUUUGGCCAUUUAGCCUCCAUAUUGGGUCUUUUUUCGGGCCUUAGCUUCCAAAGGUGAAAGCCACCUUGGUGUUUUGUUUUCCAGCAAGUCUUUAUAUUUUGUCCAGACAUUAAACAGUGAUUUUCUGACAAUAUGGUUCUUAAAGGCCUUAUUUGCUUUAACUUUGUCAUACCAUAAAUAUGCAUGCCAUCCAAAAACAUUGUUAAACCCUUCCAAAUCUAACACAUCAGUGUCUUCAAGAAGUAGCCAGUCUUUUAGCCAGCAGAACGCUGCGGCUUCAUAAUACAACUUUAAGUCUGGCAGGGCAAAGCCCCCUCUUUGUUUUGCAUCAGUUAAUAUCUUAAACUUAAUUCAGAAGUGAGUCUUUCCAUUAUCAGAAGGAUAUGUGAGUCAGCAGAGGCCUCUGCUAAUGGAAGAUAGAGACUAUUUUCAUUGAUUUCCCCUAGUAGCCCCCACAUCACCUUCUGUGCUGUUCCACCUUUCCAUUAGCAGAGGCUGGAUCAAAAACUCUUUCACAAAUGGAAAGGCACUACUGUUGAAUACAAGCCAUGGUAUUUUAAUCACCUUUUCUUUUAGCAUGAAUAACAGAAUCGUAGAAUUGUAGAGUUGGAAGGAAGCUUGAGGGGUCAUGCCUGCAAUGCAGGAAUCUCAGCUAAAGCAUCCAUGACAGAUGGCCACCCAACCUUUGCUUAAAAACCUCCAAGGAAGGAGAGUCCACCACCUUCCGAGGGAAACCAUUCCACUGUUAAACAGCUUGCUGGAUCAAGCCAACAUGGUCCAUCUAGUUCAGCAUCCUCUUUCCCACAGAGUCUAACCAUUUACCUCUGAGAAAUCCGGCAGCAUGACAUGAAGGCAAAAGCCCUCUUUUAUUGUUCCCAGCAUUCGGUAUUCAGUAUUCAUGAGUUUAGCAAUGCUUCUGGUUAAGAAAAUAUGUGUGCCUAUUUCUGGUUCAUUGAUUGGUCUGCCUGACUUGUCUGCUUUGGGAUUUAGUUUGCAUACUUCUCUUGUGCAAUAAGUGUAGUGCUACCACUGUUACUAUUUUUUAACAUUUAGCAUUUACAUUACACCAGCAGUGUACUUAGUGCUAAGCAGAAUAGGCAAAGGAUAGUCCCUGUUCAAGAUUUUACAGUCUACAUUCCAUGAAGGACACUUGGGUAGGGACAUGUACAAAUAGUAAAGAUGACCAAGAGGAGACUAGGAGAUACUUGUUGAAAUACUUUAUUGCAGAGGUGGAUCCUGAGGAAAGACUCAAGAAGGGGGAAGUGUCUUGACACACUGAAAGGUGGAAGUUGCGUUUGGGUGUUACGAAUUUCAUGGCUAGAAGAAAGAGCAUGAGUUAGAGUACUCUAAGGUAAAGAGAGGGGCUAAGGCAACUUCUGUGAUGAAAUAACCAAGUGGCCUUAGGCAAGCUGUGAUUUCUUGGUCUCCCCAUAUCUGCAAUAUUGGGAAAAUAAUACUGUCCUAUUUUACAAGAUGACUGUGAGACAUUUCAUUAAGAUAAGGUAUGCAAAGUGUUUCAAAGCAACAUAAGAACUUAACUACAAGUGAAUUCAUGAUCUGCUUUAGAGACUUCAGUACCCUUCUCCCAGGGGUUUGGCCAAGAAACCUUAAUGGUGUUUUAAGUAGCAUUUGACAGGGUAAAUAGUUGGAAGUAUGCACUACUAGUGUGGGGCUGAUGCUGGAAAAGACAAGCAACUCAGGAGAGAGUUACAGGGGCGAUAUGAUCAUAGGGAGGUGAAAUGGGAAAGGUGGCAAGGCAACUCAGGACCAGAUAGCUACUUGUUCUUAAUGACAUACAGAUAUAGGUUUGUAUUUGGUAUAAAAAUGCCCAGACAGGUGAGUGUUCUUUUACUAUCAGCUGGGGUGAUGGAAAAUGCAAUCCAUCUUCAAAAUUCAUUUGUCUGUUACCCAGUACCCUGCAUUGUACAGUUACGUUGUGCACUCAUAUUAAAUUAUAGAUGACUAGGCAAGUUGGGACAUGUUAAUAAUUUCAGAUAUAUACUUUUCAAUAUUACUGUGAAGCAGCUUUCCAUAUAUUUUAUUAGCUUGUUGUUGGAAGCCAUUGCAACAAAUGGAAAUCCCUGGUUUUCUUGCUAUGUUUUAGGAAAACUCGCUCAUAUUCACUGCUUCUGCAUCUAGCGUUUCCACCUUAACAGUUUCUCCCAUCUUCCUAGUAGUAGCAUAACCCGCUCAUAAAUGACAUUCUCAAAUAUAUUUCCUCCUGCUCUCCUCCAUUUCAUUGGUCAGGACUCAAACAAGCAAUUCCAAGCAAAAUCCCAUUACAGGCUUUUAAUGUUCUGGUGGCCUGAUGGUGAGCUUUUGCCAUUGCUUUUAAACUAAAGUGAAAAGCACACCACUCCUAUAAAUCUUUAGUACAGUCAUAACAGAAGAGGGAACCUUUGGAGUAGCAUUUGUAUUGGUAGUUCAUUGGAUGGAGGCAAUAGAAGGAAUUAAUGCACCCUUAUGUUGUUUUUGAACACCGGGGGCGCGGAGGGGGGAAGAUGCUGGUAGCUCUAUUACUAGUCAUAUUUAGAUUUUGAAGAGCCAGCAGCUGCUAAUUGUGCAACUCUUCUUAGAAGAGCUUUCGGACCAGUAGGCAGUUCUGAGAACUACUAUGGUGAGAGUACUCCUUGGAGAGCUCUUUGCUGUGAAUAAUAAAUGGGAAUUGAAGUUUUAUUUCUCUUGUAAAUCAAGCUGGGCUUGAUUUGCUUGAUUCGAGUACCUCUAUUAUGAUCAAGGGAGUGGUGUGCCACCCAUGUGCGAGACUGGGGCAAGAACUGUGCUUUCAAGAAAAGAAGAAAGGUGGUUCUGUGCCAAAUUCAGCAGCUGUUGUUCAAAUCCUGUUUGUAAGUAACAAGUGAAACUUUCCGGGGUUGCCAUGGUAUGCAUGGCAUACAAUUUCACAUAAUCGUAGCUGUAGCUGUUGUUUGGCAGUGGGCCAUAUUUGCAUCAGUGCUAUAGCUAAUCUCUUUUAAAAGCCAAGUUAUGAGAUGUGUGGAAGAAAGUGUUGUUGAGAGCAUCCUGGUAUAUUGCUCUGGACCCAUAAUAAUACUGAAGACAGGGAGAUGCUCAGAUAUCUUGAUAGGAUUCUAUGCUUUUGAUGUGCCAAAAUUAUUUAGGCAGAAUGCGAACUGAUUAGGUGAUGAGAGAGGGAGGAGGAGGUGUUAUGGCAUUUGAUUCAAAGUUUGAAACAACACACUUACCUAGGAGCAAGCCCUGUUGAACAUGUAUAGUAUGUAUAAAAUCGUGUUCUGUGUAUUUUUUUAGGGUGUGCUUUUUUGUCCUGAUGCCCUUUUUCAAGGUGGUUAAAUUAUUUAGUUAGUUAGUUAAUAUCCCACUCUUCUUCCCAAAGGAGCAUAGGAUGGCAAACAACAAGUGAUAAAACAAUAAAAUUAAUUCCAAUAUGGAUUCGGACAGCGAAAUAUCUCAAUUCAAAAGGCUGGUUGAAAGAGGAAGGUCUUGAGUGGGCAUCCAAAACACAACAGAGACAGCUCCUGUCUGAUAUUCAAGGGGAGGGAAUUCCUAAGGGUAAGUGUCACUGCACUAAAGACCACCUGAUAAGAUGGUAUUUGUAGGAGGCCCUCCCUGGCAGAGUACAGUGAUCAUUUGGGUACAUAAGAAAGGUAAGACGAUAUUUCAGAUAUCCUGCUCUUAAGACAGUUGCUUGCCUUUUAAUGUCGCAUCAAAAAUUAUCACUUGAAGUGGACCAUUUCCCUUCAUCUUAGGGCCUGUCCUUCAUGGAUCUAUUUUGAUUGAAUUUUUAACUAGGUUGGAUGAGCCUCCUAUGGAAGAUCUAUAUAGGAAUGGUUCUGGAGAGGGGAUAGAUGGGCCCUGAAUAAUUUUCUGUGUUUGAAAUUGUAUAAUCUCAUUUCUCUGCUUUUUCUGUUUUUGGUCUCUCAAAAUACCUAGAGGAUCAGCCUUCAGAAUUUGCCUGAGGAACAGUAUCUGGUGGAUAUCAAGCAACACGUUUACAAAAUGAAAUUCUAUCUUGCCAAGUGCUAGUAACUCAGUGUAGUCUUUGUUUUUCCCCUAAUCUGUGUGUAGGGUUUAGAUGUCACUACAGAUUGGAGAUUGUUGUUGGGUGUCGACUUUGUAAUCCAAUACAGUACAUGCAGUGUAUCAAGUGCUGCCUUCUGAACUGGAACACACCAUCAGAGCUGUAUCAGCAAUUCAUGGGAGGGAGGAUGGAUGUGUAUUGGACACAAGGUCCUUUUGCAAUGAGUAACAGUAUCACUUCCCACCUCUUGGUUCUCAAAUACACUAACCUUUGAUAAACUUUACGAUUUUAGGAUAGGAAGGGGGGGGGUUCUAGGAUGGCCCUGCAGGGUGGUGCUUUUGAUGUGACGGCUCACCUGAAAGAGGGCAGGAGUUGUGCGUCACACUUCAGCAUGUAGCCUGAAUGGUAGACAAAGUCCUGUUCUAGAAUGUUAUGGAUGUUGACAGUUCUUUUGGCAGAGAGGCAGUUUGCUUUGAGAUAGCAUAGAAGCUUGUUGUCAGAACAAAGGUUAGUACUGUCCAUUGGCUCUGUACUGGUGGUAGGAACAGAACAUAAUAACGGUGAAGUGAAACUUCAGGGACAGCAAUAUUUUUGUGAGAGAAGUCAACUGCUAAGAGCCCAAAGUAUGUCCAGCCAAAAGAAUGUUUUUUAUUCAAGUUAGAGACAAGAUGUCUGGUAUAAAUCCUUUUCAGGCUGUCUAGAGGACCAUGCAACACCACGUCUGCAUCCUAGUACACUGGAGUUCCACACUACUGCCAAUUCUGUGAGCUGCUACUGGUUGUACAAGGUCAGCACUGUCCCCAAAUAACCUAAAGGGCUUAUCACAUGAGCAGUCUACUCUAGGGUGGCAUGUCUUUAUAGCUGAGCAAGUUCCCUUCUGUUUGAGGGUAUAUUAGAUCCACUUAUUUUGUCAUCUAAUGCAUAAAAUACCAGCCAUUUUACAAGGAAAUGGGUGUGAAUACACCUUUCUGGCUCAAUAGGUGCUGUAGGCAUUUUAGUUUCUUUCAUAUGUAUGCUGUGACAUUUUUCUUCCUCUCCCUGCCUUCAAAUCCACUAGCAUCUGCUUAACAAGAUUGCCUGAUAAGCAUCCUAGCACAAAAGGUGAAAGGGGCAUAUUCAGCAUGUUGAGGGAAGCCUCAUUGCUAAUCCCCUGCUAGUCAGGUUGCUGGAUAAAAUGGGUGAAUGUUAUUUUAGAGCCAGGAUUGGACUGUGCUUUGCUUGUGCCUCCUGCUGCCUCUCUUGGCUCUUUGUACAAGGGACUGUUUGAUUGAAACCUAGACUGAAUUCUUUCGGCACUGCCUUGAUGAGUCAGCAGGCAUGUGCUGUGAAGAAACAGCCAGCCUCCAGUAGGAACCUAGCAAUUUAAAUGUCAGAUUUUCUUUGGGUAGGAAAGCUGAUUCCCAAUAUUAUAAUAUAUAUACUAUGUAAUGAAAAGGGAAAGGGCAAAGUAAUCCAUUUAACCUCAGAACAUAGGUUAGCAAACACCCCCAACACUAGGUCUGAAUAUUUUCAGGAAUGCUUUCUAGCAUGAAGUUUAUCACUGGUUCAAUACCCCUUUGGCUAUCAAAAUGUCACCUUGCUGCUUAUCAGCACCCCAUGUCAUCCUCUGCAAAAUGUAGCUUGAUUUUGUAGACAUGCCUAUUUUUCAAACUAUGCGUGUGCUCUUGUUCCAACUGCUUGCUCUGUAUUCUGGCAAGACGGGUGGAGGACAAAAUUGCUUAGAAAAAUGACUGAAUUAUCUGCUCAUUCUCCUUUUUGGGAACCAAACUCUGAACCUUGGGACUUCCAUUCCCAAGCUCUUCCGCAACAGCUCCAGAAGGAUUUGUUGCCUGGCUGGGUAACCAAGUGAAGAACCUAUAGUGCUGGAACUAGCUAUAAUAAACAAAGUUCUGCUGUUAUGUCUAGUUCUGUUCUUGGUUCUAGGCUUUCUGUGGUAUAAGAUGUAAAAGAACUGGUGGAUGGAAGAAUCCUGCAUGAGAAUAAGAAACACAAAGGUGCAAGCAGGAAUACUGAGCAACUAUUGCUAGCUUAUUUGCAUUAUAAACAAGUGUUUAUGUUGUUAACCUCAUUCCCCUGCCAUCCCCUUGCGCAGGAGAAAAAGCCCUUUUCUGGCUGUUCUUCCCUGUAGCACAAGCCUUCCUGGUGGUUUAAUAAUAAUAAUAAUAAUAAUAAUAUAAUAUGCCGCCCAUCUGACUGGGUUGCCCCAGCCACUCUGGGUGGCUUCCAGCAACACACACAUAAAGUAAAACAUCAAACAUUAAAAAUUUCCCUAUACAGGGCUGCCUUCAGAUGUCUUCUGAAAAAUAAUAAUAUAGGUCCUUUGUAUGCUGUAAUCUGGUCUUUUUCUCAGCCUUGAUGGCACUGUCUUUCAUUAGUCAUCUUACCAACGACAACAGAGAUUGACUGGAGUGCUUCCUUUGGGCCUCGUAAAGUUCACAUGUGUGUUUCUUUCAGGCUGGUCAUGGUGA